AUGGCAUCACGCAGUAUUAGUGUAGGCUUACGGAAUAUUCCCCGUCUAAUUCAACAGUCACAACGUAAUGGUGCACAUUUCUCGUACUUCCCAUCUGGGGUGAAGCCAGAAAUAGCUAGCGUUGGAGGACCCACUGAAAAAAUGAAUGUUUGCCAAGCUGUAAAUAGUGCACUCCAUAUUGCUAUGGAAACAGACAAAACAGCUGUGGUUUUCGGUGAAGACGUUGCAUUCGGAGGAGUAUUUAGGUGUUCUGUUGGUUUGAAAGACAAGUAUGGCGAAGAUCGAGUAUUUAAUACUCCAUUGUGUGAACAAGGUAUAGUCGGUUUUGGCAUAGGUGUAGCUGUAGGUGGAAGUACAGCAAUAGCUGAAGUCCAGUUCAGCGAUUACAUUUUCCCGGCAUAUGACCAGUUGGUGAACGAAGCAGCAAAAUACCGCUAUCGUAGUGGAGGAAUGUUCAACUGUGGCGCCUUGACGGUGAGGUCCACCUAUGGAGCCGUUGGACAUGGUGGCUUGUACCAUUCACAAAGCCCAGAAGCCCACUUCACGCACACGCCUGGACUGAAGGUUGUAGUACCUCGAGGCCCUGUACAGGCGAAGGGGCUCCUGUUGUCCUGUAUUCGUGAUCCUAAUCCAUGUAUUUUCUUUGAGCCUAAGGUUCUUUAUCGAUUAGCAGCGGAAGACACACCAACUGGUGACUACACUAUUCCACUGAGUCAGGCUGAGAUUGUGUUGGAAGGUUCUGAUAUGACAGUUGUCGCAUGGGGAACUCAAGUUCAUGUUGCACUCGAAGCAGCUCAGUUGGCUAAAGAUCAGUUGGGAUUAUCUGUUGAAGUUAUCGAUCUUGCUACAAUCCUUCCCUGGGAUGAGGAUACUGUAGUAAAGAGCGUAGAGAAGACAGGACGACUAAUUGUAACUCAUGAAGCACCAGUAACGAGCGGAUUUGGAGCUGAAAUCGUUGCCACUAUCCAGCGUCGCUGUUUCUUACAUCUGGAAUCACCUAUCGAACGAGUCUGUGGUUUUGACACACCCUUCCCACACGUUUACGAGCCAUUCUACUUGCCAACGAAGUGGAGAAUUUUCGAUGCUAUAAAAAAGAGCAUUAAGUACUAA